AUGAUGAAGGAUAUGAUAAUAAAGAACAUGACCUUCAAGGUCGAACAAACCCUGACUGUUGUUGGAGUCAUCAAAUCUGAUCCCAAAAGGUUUGCUGUGAAUAUUGGUGAGAGCGAGGACAGAAUUGCAUUUCAUUUCAACCCUCGUUUUGAUGACAGCAGACACAUAAAUAUAAUUGUCUGCAACUCUUUUGAGAGAGGCAAUUGGGAUCAGGAGCAACAUGAGAAAAGCUUUCCUUUCAGCCCAGGAAAGGAAUUCAAGAUCUCCAUUCAGUUCACUUGUUCAAAGUUUGUGGUGACUUUACCAAAUGGCUCAACGUUCUGUUUUCCCAAUCGCAUGGGUGCAGAGAAAUACUCUGUUAUGGGCUUUCAUGGGGAUGCUGUCAUCAGAAGCAUUGAGAUCAAGUAAAACGACAUCCACCCUUGAAUUGCUGAAUUGAAAUUCUUGUUUUAUUUUUCUGUUUGUCUGGCAGCAGAUUUUUAGCUCUGCACACAGAUG